GUCAUAACCAAGAUUCACAUCUUGGUGCCACUGGAAAUACUGAUGCCAGACACCAGCAGUGAGAAGGGGAAAGGGACAAAGCUGUUCAACCUCAUCACAGGGAACUUCCCGGGUGUAGCCUUCACUGCUAUCCAAAGGAAGUUUAAUGAGAGGAAAGGACUGGAUUACAUUCAGCAGCUGUGUGCUCCAGAAUUUGGCACAGUCCGCAUGGAAGUGCAAGCUAAGUAUUAUUGCCUGGCAGCAGCAGCUGCUUUGCUGAAAUAUUUAGAGUUCAUCCAGAACUCUGAUGCUGCCAAGUCUCUCAAAGUGAGCUUUAAAGGGAGUGAACAGACGGCAAUGAUUGACUCAACAUCUGCCUCCAACUUGGAGUUGGUGGUCAAUAGAGACCACAGGAGUGAGCAAAGUCUUUUAGGGGUGCUUAACCACACUAAAACACCUGGUGGUGCUAGAAGGUUGCGCUCCAAUAUUCUGGAGCCUCUGGUUGAUGUGGACACCAUCAACAUACGUUUGGACACCAUACAAGAGCUGCUCCAGGAUGAGGAGCUUUUCUUCGGCCUGAAGACUGCCAUAGGUAACUUCCUCGACAUUGACCAGCUUCUCUCUGUUCUUGUCCAAAUCCCAAAGCAAGAAACAGUUCAAAUUGCUGAAGCAAAAAUUACACAUGUCAUUCAGCUGAAACACACAUUGGAUUUGGUGCCACGGUUAAGGAUGGUGUUGAAGAACUGCAACACAGCUCUACUUAAGGCAUACAGCACCUCAUUGGAAGAUAACAGGUUUGGCAUGAUCCUAGAGCAGAUCAAGACAGUGAUCAAUGAUGACACUACCUACCUGAAGGGAAGCCUGAACAUGCGCACGCAGAAGUGUUAUGCUGUCCGCCCCAACAUCAAUGAGUUCCUUGACAUUGCUCGCAGAGCUUACACUGAGAUAGUGGACGACAUUGCAGGACUAGUGAACCAGAUUGGGGAGAAAUAUAGUUUGCCAAUGCGUACCAGCUUCAGCACCGUUCGAGGUUUCUUCAUCCAGAUGAGGCUUGAAGGAGUGGUCUUACCUGAAGGGAAACUCCCCCCAGAGUUUAUCAAGGUAACCAAGCACAAGAACAACUAUGGCUUCACUACUGUGGACCUGGUGAAGAUGAAUGACCGCUGUGAUGAGGCCCUGAGGGAGAUCUUUCACAUGUCCUAUGUGGUGAUAUGCCAGCUGCUGAGCACUGUCCAUGAGCACAUUCACUGCCUUUACAAGCUCUCUGAUGCUGUUUCCAUGCUGGACAUGUUGCUGUCUCUGGCCAAUGCAUGUACCAUCUCAGACUACGUGCGUCCAGAGUUCACAGACACACUGGCCAUCAAGCAGGGUCGUCACCCCAUUUUGGAGCGAAUGGCUGGACAGCAGGCUGUAUCGAACAAUAGCUACAUCUCCGAGGGCAACAACUUUGUCAUCAUCACCGGUCCCAACAUGAGCGGCAAGUCCACCUACCUCAAACAGGUGGCGCUGUGUCAGAUCAUGGCUCAGAUAGGCUCUUUUGUCCCUGCUGAGUAUGCCUCUUUUCGUAUUGCUGACCAGAUUUUCACCAGAAUUGGUGUGGAUGACGAUUUUGAAACUAACUCUUCCACCUUCAUGUUGGAAAUGAAGGAGAUCUCUUACAUAAUCCACAACAUAAGUGACCGAUCCCUAAUCAUCAUAGAUGAGUUGGGGCGUGGAACCAGUGCUGAGGAGGGCAUCGGAAUUUGUCACUCAGUUUGUGAGUUCCUCCUUAGCCUCAAGGCGUUCACCCUGUUUGCCACACACUUUCUUGAGCUGUGCCAGCUAGAGGCUCUCUAUCCCAAUGUGGAGAACCAGCACAUGGAGGUUCAGCACACACGCAGCGGUGACACUGGGGAUGAGGGUGUGGUGUACACAUACUUGCUUAAUCGAGGAUGCUCUGAAGAAAGACACUAUGGUCUGAAAGCAGCAGAAAUGACUUCACUUCCUUCAAACAUAAUCCAAGAGGCAAAGACAAUUGCCUCCAAUGUUAGCCAGCAGCUUUUGGCCAAACAUCACAGUGAUCCGGAAACACAGAGGCAGAGAGCUGUGUACCACCUGGCUACCCGCCUCCUGCAGACUGCCAAGAACUCCAGACUGGACCCAGACAGCUUGCGUAUGUAUCUAAAGGGCCUGAAGAAGCAGUAUGAGGCGGACCUGCAGGCAGCAGGGCAGCCAGCGUCCAAUGACACAGAGGAGGAAUGACUGACUCAGCCUUACAGUGGGGAGGGGCAGUGAUACAGUUAGAAAAAUUUAAGAUCAGUGUCUGAUGAUCAUUUCUGGGCGUAUUAUGUUUAUUAUGCUUUUUUUGACAGGGUUGUUAUAUAUGGGUUGUUUGAUAUUAAAUUUACUUAUUUAAACUUAA